ACUCUUAUAAUGCUGCAUGAUUUUAUGAAAAUAACAUGUCUGACUUAGUUUUAAUCUGCAAUUAAAAAUGUCUAAUUUCGGUGUCGGGGUAUAUUUUCUAACUGUCUUGUGGAUAAUCACUUUGUUUCUGUGCUGGGUCUCUGUACGGACAGGUCAUUACAUUGGGAAGAUAUCAGUAGGAAUAUCGUUUUUACUAACAAUCAUUUUGGUUUCAUUGCCAAAAGGGGACGCGCAGAACAUUCAUGGUGCCAAUUUUUACGAUCACUUGUUCGUGACUCGAUACGCAAUUCUUUCGUUUAUGCUUGUCAGUGUUGUAGCUGGUACUGCCUAUAGUUUUAUUUAUGUUUGUCUUGCUCCUGUUGAGACUCAAAAAGUUAAGACAUUUGGCUUGUUGAACUAAGUUACUCAUAAGUUGCUUUGAAAAUGUCUAACACAAUUUGCCAAGGGUUGAGGUCCCCGAUCAGGAACCUAGCGAAACUGAGACAAGCAAAAGCAAUCUCCACAUCAAUAGUCCACAAUGAGACUAUUUUAGUGAAAAAUAAUGAAGAAUUCAUCAAUAAGGUGAUGAACAACAACAAGCCAGUCAUAGUGAAUUUCCACGCGGAGUGGUGUGAGCCAUGCAAGAUACUUACUCCGAAGCUGAAGGAACUGAUCGAGCCACUUAAUAACCUUGAUUUAGCUGUAGUCGAUGUAGAGGACAAUGCUGACUUGGUGCAUACCUUUGAGGUGAAAGCAGUUCCAGCAGUCAUAGCCAUAAACAAUGGUUUAAUAGUUGACAAAUUCAUCGGCCUGGUCGACGCAGACAUGAUCACCAGCCUCAUCGACAGAAUGGCCGGUAAAAAGAAGGAGGGAGCGUAAAUAUGAAACGUGCAUAUUAUAGAUGUUAUAAAUGAAUGGGAUAUUGGCUUUACACACAUCGGAUGUUGGCUUAUGAGAUUGGUGAUAAAAAUGAAGGUUUCACACUAGUUUUUAAUGUGCUUGAUACAAUUCACAACAAGACAGAACAUAGAAUAUCGCAAAUGUGAAGGGAGUGUGUUAUUUGUGAAUUAAAAUCCAAAAGUAUCUACUGUAAAAUGCCCUUCACUUCUAAGCAGGUAAUUUACAUGACAAGCCAUUCAUUGUUAUCACUAAACUCAAAAAGAAAAACAGGGUUUUAGUUUCAUUAUUUAUCAUAGUAAUGUCUUUGUAACCAGUCUUACUCGUAGGCUGGGUUGCACCAUCUUACUUUGACUUUAACAAACGUCAAUAAUCUGUCAAACUUCAUACAAAAUGCACCGGUAAUUGUUAUACCUAGUUAAAUAAGAUGUAAAUAAGAUGGUGCAACCCAGCCUUAGUCUUUGUUUAGUUUAGUUUGUAAAAUAUGAUAGGUCAAUGUGUCAUUCUAAUAUAAUAGACAAUUCCACUACAUUUAAUUUGUUAUCUUCUAUUUUUAUGUGCCAAUAUCUCAGUCAGUUUUAUGUAGAUAAAAAUCACAAUUAUUGUUGUUUACAGUUUGAUUUUAUUUAGGUAAAAUACCACAAGCAAUAAGAUAUUGUUGGAAAAGUAUAAUUAAAAAGUCGUUAUCUAAUUAUGUGGGGUAUUUGAUGAAUCUUCAACGAUGCUAACUAAUGAUUUAAAAGGGCCUAGUCUUGGAAAGACUGUUUUUGCUUGAAUAAUUAGUUGUUUGUGUAUAAGUUGUUAUUGCCGCACUUUAGGAAAGAUGGGCGAUUGUGAAUGAGUCUAGCUAGUUAAUUAAAUGACAAUUAUAUUGCUGCUUUAAAUAUUAAGUUUAAUCGCAACAUAUCUAUAUAUAUAAAAAUGAAACCCGUUUCGCGUUGUCACGGCAUCACGUGUGAACGGCUGAACCGAUUUCGAUAAUUCUUUUUUUUAAAUGUUUGUGGAAGUCCAAGGAUGGUUCUUACGGAAAAAAAUAUUAAGAAAAUCUCUACGCUAAGGCGGUACGAAGUUCGCCGGGUCAGCUAGUCCUCGAUAAAAAUUCAACUAGAAAAGUAGCUUAGAACUUUUUUUUGUAAGUUGCCCACGUUUUAAAAACCGUAUGAGACAACAUGCUAGUUUGAAUAGCUUUUUUGUCGAUUCAAAAAUUUGCUAGUCAUGUAUUCGUCUUGUAUUCUUAUAGGUCGCUCUAAACUUCGAACUCCAGCAAUAGUUUUCAGUAGAAUUGAUAUUCACAGAUGUGAAUCUUGAUUAAAUGUAAUAAGAAUACUUACUGGUACAAUUUGGAAAGUAUUUUUACCUUAGAAAAUACAUAAUAGCAAUAAGCCUACUUUAAUGGUUAAGUUACAUUAUUUAGUCAUUAAACUAUCAUUAUGUUCUGCUGAUAGCUCUUUUAAUGAGAUGUAGUGCUAUUAAGCAUUCUACACACUUAAGUCGUCGACCGACUAAUAUUUUUUUCAAGAAUGUAGUUUUUAAUGAUAUGCUAAAUCAUCGGCACGUGUCGGCGACUUGUCUAUAGAAUGUCUUGUUUGUUACUCUGGAUGGUUUCAAGGAUAAGUAGCGAUUGACUUUAGCUUUAACUAAUCAGAACAUAUCUCGGCUUUUUAUACUAAGCCUGCCUUAUUAAUCGUUUUGCAAAGUUAUUCAAAUCAUAAAUUCAAUAAAACUGCACUCGGCCCCUGAGGUAUGUUCUUAAUGAGAGGGAUAAAAUGAUAACUAUAUUUUUGUAAAUGCUGCAUGCCUUCGUUUAGUUACACUGGCUUUUUACAUACUUUUCAACUUUAUAGUUUUAUACUCUAUCUACUGUUUUGUAUAACACUAAUUAAAUUAGAUAAGAUAGUUAUUAUGAUAGUUGAAAUUAAGACUUAAAUCUUAUGAAGAGUAUAUAUUUUCUCUUACAAGCGCGAAUAAAUAGAUUCUGAUACAAUUAUGAUUCUUAACUGUCAACUUACUUUUUUCCCUGAUAGUUUAGUGUCCACUGUCUUCUAGAAUGUAAUAGUUUCUAGAAAAUGUAAGACUAGUAUAAACUUAGAAACAAAUACACUCGCGAGCAAAAGUAUGGAAUCACUUACAUGAAGUUUUUUCCAUGCGAUCUUGUGUACUAACGAAUUUGUUAGUAACAAAAAAAGUGACACCAUUUUAAAGAUUAAACUUUUAACUUUAAAAUGAUACCAAAUUUAUUUAAAUCACACCAGUAUUUAAAAAGAUAUCCCGGCUGAUGUGAAGAAGUAAAUAAAAAGACAUGUAUCAACUGUUUGAUACGUCGCGAGUUGCGGCCUAUUUACCCCCUUAUAUUAAAGCUACCCUAUUUAAGCGUGCUUAUCGGUGACCUGCCGUCAGUUUCGAGCCUGUGACAGGCCUUUUUGGAGUCAAAUUCUAUUCCUUAUAUUUUAGGCGAACUGUCCACUCGCUAACAGCUAUCCUACGAACAUUUCUGAGCUCUUGCUGGACGUUGAUACCAGUCAAAUGACGAUUUCAUAGAGAGGUUGACUUGAAAAAACGGUCAUCCCUCUGCGAUGUGCACCGGCGCUGUUCAGAACUUGGUCUCGGGAUAAAGCCACCAGUCUCCCGAAAGCGUCUUAAAACUUUCGAAACCCAGGACUGGCUUAUUUGGAGCUGACGUGCGACAGCCCGCUGGCUGAGCCCUUCUUGCAAUAGUGCAACGAUUUGUGCUGCUUCUGAAGGCGUAGAAUCCCAGGUAAAGUGUCAAAAGAAGCGGAGAUGUGUAUGGAUCAACGUAUGAAAGCAAAAAUCCGAAAACACGUGCUUUUAUAGGGGGUAAAUAGGCCGCAACUCGCGACGUAUCAAACAGUUGAUACACGUCUUUUUAUUUACUUCUUCACAUCAGCCGGGAUAUCUUUUUAAAUACUGGUGUGAUUUAAAUGAAUUUGGUAUCAUUUUAAAGUUAAAAGUUUAAUCUUUAAAAUGGUGUCACUUUUUUUGUUACUAACAAAUUCGUUAGUACACAAGAUCGCGUGGAAACAACUUCAUGUAAGUGAUUCCAUACUUUUGCUCGCGAGUGUACAUAUUUAGACGUCAACUGAAAAAAAAAUCCAAGUAUACAAAAUAUAGAGAUUUUCUGAUAAAUACAUUCUAUAAUAAUUGAUGUAUAGUUGCUGCACAUCGAUCACAAAUUUACUUUGUUAUCUCACUCGUGUAAUAGAUGGCGCUGUGCGUUAUUACAUUGCGCUAGUUUCGGUGUUACCCAAUUCUGCUAGUAGUUUUCACUUUAGACUUUCUGCAGACUAUAGAUUUUUAGUAUGAGUACAGAUAAUGUAAUACUAGUGUAUAAGGAAUCGUCUGAUACCAACGAAAUCGGUGUACAUAACAUAAUGUGCAUACUUUCUGAUACUGACGUGGGCGCCUUUUUUGAGACAUGCAGAGCGACAUUGUGGCGCGCUUCUAAUUUUUAUUCAAUUUAUAGAGAACCGCAACCCCAAAUGUGGUCAAAUACCUGCCUUGUUAUGCAUAAAAAAAAUCGACACCACAGUGAAAAAAGUUGUGCGUUUCUCAUGCCUCUAAUAAUUUAAAGGUGUUAUAAUACCCCGACCAAACUAUCGGCCUACAAAAAGUAUAUAGUCUGCAGGAUUUCUUAUAAAGAUUUCCUAUCGGUAAGGUGCUUUUGUAUUCCAUCCGUGUGUGUGUACCCCUCUAGUGAUUUAUAAUAAUCGAAUAUACUAUGUAUACGUAGUAAAUAGACGUAGGAAGGUUGAUAACAUAAAAUGUAAGCCAGAUUUGUCAAUGUGUAGACAAAGUCUAUAAAAUGCAAUUGUAGUAAAUAUAUCUUUUUUAAUAUAGUGCAGUGCUUUAGCUAGGAGCUGCUUAGUAAUGAUUAUAGGAUAAUGUCACAUCUCAGUUCCUUCGACAGGCUUACAACAGCACAAAUUAAUUUAUUAGCGUAGACAAAAUAUCACACUACACAAAACGCAUUAAUAUUUUCCCACAUUUAGUAAUAAAUCCUCUCAAACAGUUUUGGGAAUUUAUCCCGUUUUUCAUGUUUCCAUUUAGUUGUAAUUUGAAAUCAAUUUUACAUGCGUCUAACAAAGCAAUAAACGUCCUAAAUCCUAACGAAAAGUAUUACGAUUGUGGUGCAAUUAUUUUGUAGUUUCACGUGUUAAUACCCACACCCGUUAAUUCGUAGUUUUCGAGCUUACGAUAGAAUAAUGUCCUGUGUACGACCAUAUUCGGGUCCAUUUUACCUUUUUGAUGUGAUGUGUAUUAGAUAAUGUGUUGUUGGUUUAGGGUAGAUAUUGUGUAAGUAAAUAAACCCCUGCUAACCUGCUUGAUUGUCCAGUAGCACCAUUGAUUCUUAGAUGCAACAUUAAUAUUGUUUAAAAAUCAGUAAAAAGAGACGAUAACAGAAAGGAAUUGAAUUUUAAUUUUAAAGAAAUGUAUCGAAUCCAUUUAUUAUGUCGUAAAAAUAUAUGAAAUAUUUUCUUGAAUAA